UGACAACACAGUUAUCAUGCUCUUCUCACAAGAUAACUCCGUUAUCAGUUGGUACACUCGAUGUCGGGUCAUAUGACAGGCACGGGAUCUGAAGUUAUAAAAAUCAGUUUGACAGCGGACCUUUAGACGUGCACACCAACCAUUACUAGCAAAGAUGUUCCGUUUGGCUGUAAUUGUUGCCCUGGUGGCAUUUGCUUAUGCUGCUAGACUUGAAAAGUUCAACCCAGAACUGGACGGUGAGUGGCAGGAGUAUAUGAAAUACCACAACAAACAAUACCAGUACGGAGAGGAGCUCACCAGACGCUUGAUCUGGGAACAGAAUUUGGCAUACAUCAAGAAACACAACCUGGAAGCCGACAGGGGCGUGCACACUUUCUGGCUUGGAAUGAACGCUUACGGUGAUAUGACCAAUGAGGAAUUCGUUAGUCAGAUGAACGGAUACAAAAUGGCCGCCAAAACAAACGGUUCAACUUUUUUGCCACCAAGUCACGUGACUCUGCCAGACAGCGUUGAUUGGAGGAAUGAAGGUUACGUCACACCAGUGAAAAACCAGGGGCAAUGUGGAUCAUGCUGGGCUUUCUCCACCACAGGGUCUCUUGAAGGCCAAACAUUUAAAAAGACAGGAAAAUUGCCAUCUCUCUCAGAGCAAAAUUUGGUAGACUGCUCCGGAAAACAAGGUAACCAGGGUUGUCAAGGAGGUUUAAUGGACCAAGCAUUUAAGUACAUCAAGGAAAACAAUGGUAUUGACACAGAAUCAAGUUACCCCUACAAAGCAGUUAACGGAAAAUGCAAGUUCGAUGCUGCUAACGUAGGAGCCACGGACACCGGUUUUGUUGAUGUUAAGAGCAAAAGUGAGUCCGACCUUCAAUCAGCCGUGGCAACUGUGGGACCAAUCAGUGUGGCUAUUGAUGCAUCACAUGCGAGCUUCCAACUUUACAGAUCUGGGGUUUACCACACCUUUUUCUGCAGUCAGACUAGGCUCGAUCACGGUGUCCUUGCAGUCGGCUACGGUUCAGAGAGCAAUAGAGAUUAUUGGCUCGUCAAAAACAGUUGGGGUGAAAGUUGGGGAGAACAAGGAUACAUCAAAAUGUCCAGGAACCGUGAUAAUAACUGCGGCAUUGCGACACAGGCCAGCUAUCCAACCGUUUAGACAAAUAGCUAUCUGAACGGGAAAUGCGGCUAUCCAAACGAAAUCCGUACUAUUUCAACAACUCAUCUGCUGAAAAGAACUUAAUCUGAAUGGACAAAAGAUAAAUAAUAAAGAAAAUAAUUGUGUUACCCAAACUUAACACUGGAUUUAGAGAAUAAUUAUGAUGUUUUAGUCUGUAAAUUUUAUCUUCGAUUUCCUUAAUUGUUUUCUUUAAAGUUCAUGUUAUUAAUAAAAUAUAAAAUUUUAAA